AUGUUGGAUACCGAGCCGAUGACAAAUCCGAUCCGCUUCUCCAGACUCAUCUCGCAGAUCUUGUCUUACGGCACCGUGCUCAUCCGUACGGCAGAGAUAUGGUGCCAGCCACAGGGGCAGGCACGCGGGCCCUGGAUCAGGGGUGUUCCGCUACCCCUGCCGGUCUGGGCCCAUUACGAGUCGCCAGCCCUGACCGUCUCCACGGUCGAACAGUAUGAGGAAUUAGCAGGCAGCGUUGAACUUGAAACGCAACGCUUAUUGCGUGAGCAUCGCUAUGACACUAUUGGCAAUUUCCUCAGGUUCUACAAGGACUACACUGCAAGUGGAGAAAGUGCGCUGGAUCGAUUCUACCGGAAAUAUCAGCCACUGAUAACACACGAACACCAUACUUGCGUCGGUCUUGGAUUUGAAUUAUUACAUCGAUUAACAGGAUUGAAUAAGCGAUUCCCAGGAAUAGCAAGUGGCCUCUAUUUAGUAUCUUGUGAAGAAACGAUUGGUGAUAUCGCCGGCUAUGUUGGCGGUCCACCAGCGGCAGAUAGCGGCGAAAAGGAGCAUGUACUAGUGUGCCUGAAAAUCGAGAUUGGCGGACGUCGCGGCGUCAUGUUACUCGAUCCCGGUUAUCAUGUAGCGCGCGUUAUCACUGUGAUGGCCGAUAAGUUAUACCCUCAUACGGGCUGGUUCACGCAAUCCGAUGAACCGACCUGUAAGAAAGAGUACAACUACUGUCUGUGUGCCGACGAUCCUGAUUAUGUCGAGUGGCAUGAGAGAAAAACUCGACCUGGUGCCUUGGAGGGGGUGCAAGUAGCUCUCAUUUAUGUGGCAAGGCCAUAUUUAACUGCCAUUGACGUUACAGAACGAAGAAAUUUGGUUUAUAACCAGAGAAGUCUCCUUGCCAGAGAUACUAAAGGUCACGUCACCGCCGGCAUAUAUUUCCCCGUUAUACUGGAUAUGAACAACACUCAGACCUUCACAAUUUUCUACCAGACGGGUAACGGGAAGAAGCGAGUCAAGAUGGCAUUCAAUAAGUUCCACGGUUCGCGUAAGAUAAGUCCUGAUACCGAGGAAAUGGAGAUGAUAGCGGAAUGUGCUCGACAACUCAAUAUUUCGCAAGAUAUCCUACAAGAUAUCCUCUCUGCUUUAGCCACUAUCAUGAAUGAUUCGUCAUUUGUGGCACAGCUGUUGGCUAUCAAUGCAAGAAUCAACACCUUAGCAGAGGAUAAUUAACAAACAGAAGUCACUCCAACCAAUGGAGCGUCGACACAACAUCACGUUUUAUUAUUUCUUUUGCCCGCUUUCCUCUUACGUUCUUUUUCUUUUAUUACCUCUCAUAGCUUAUUCGUUCUUUUAUUUGUUUUAAUCACGCUUUAUUACGACGCUACAUUUGCAUAUAUAUAAGACGAGUCAUGCAAUCUUGCAAGCUCUUCAUUUUUCGAUUGUAGAACUUUUAUACAUGGAAUAAUGGGAUAAAUUAUAAAGAUUAAUGUAAAGAAAAUGAUUUGAAUUGAUUUAAAUGUCGCAAAAGUACAACAAUACUUUUGUGUAAAAAUCAAUUAAUUUUAUUCUGCAUACAAGUAUUGAUCACCAAUUCUAGAUGAUUCACUCAAAAGGCAUGAUUCAGCUUUUAUAGCAAAGCGUCGCUUCUUUAUGAUAAGACUUGUAAAAUGUUUUCGACAAUUCUGAUAUUAUUUUACAUAUAUAAUUCAAUGAAAACAUUAACAGAUACGAUCAAAUAGUAUAAUCUACAACACAAACACGUAUAAUUUUAAAUCUGACAAUUUUGUAUAUUCGCUUUUUUUAUGUAGAAUG